AUACAACUGACAGUGAACACAUACGGACAGAUUACCUCACCUACACUGCUGGCAUUUCCGGGAGAAGCUUAACCGCUUCGUUCGCGUAUCCGUGGUACAGUUUCGUAGCUAUAAACGCUGUGACGUGUUGAACUGAUCAGGCUUAACGCUAGGCUAAGUGCUAGCAACACAACUAACCCCAUCAUCAUCAUCAUCAUCAGCAGCAGCAGCAGCAGAAGAAGCAAGUCAAGGGUAACACUGAAGGCAGCUUCCUGGAGAAAAACGCCAGACUCGAGUCAGCUGUGUAUUGUACUCUUAUAUUCACAGCAGCAUAAACGUGAUUUGUCAUACGUUUAGUUGACAUUAGUAGGGCGUUUUUGGCUUAUUUUAAGCUAACGUUAAGGUUAGCCUGCUAACGAAGAUAGUGCGCAGAUUGAUCAGUUGCAGUUUGAGCUGAACAGGUGCAUCGUUUUCAUCUGGCCAGACCUGCCGUUCUGAAGAACCAACACAGCAAUGAACACGAAAAGGCUACAAAAGGAAUUAUUAGCCCUGCAAAAUGAUCCGCCCCCGGGAAUGACGCUCAAUGAAAAAAGUGUACAGAACACCAUCACACAGUGGAUUGUAGAUAUGGAGGGUGCACCUGGUACACUGUACGAAGGAGAGAAAUUUCAAUUGCUAUUUAAAUUUAGUAGUCGAUAUCCCUUUGAUUCUCCUCAGGUAAUGUUCACAGGGGAGAAUAUACCUGUCCAUCCACAUGUGUAUAGCAACGGUCACAUCUGUCUAUCAAUUCUAACGGAGGAUUGGUCGCCAGCCCUCUCAGUGCAAUCAGUUUGUCUUAGCAUUAUUAGUAUGUUGUCCAGCUGCAAAGAAAAGAGACGACCACCUGAUAAUUCAUUCUAUGUAAGAACGUGUAACAAAAACCCAAAGAAGACAAAAUGGUGGUAUCAUGAUGAUACAUGCUAAUGUACAAACUUUGUAAUAUUCAUGGAAGAUAGAAGUCCUACUGACCUACGUUAAAGCACUUUUUAAUUAUUCAGUCUUUGAACUCUGACCUUUUGACUGGAACAGUGGACACCAUGUGCCGGGGACUCUUGACUGCGGUUCACCCCUGGUGAGGAGAUAGAUGCAUGUUUUAGUCGGCUGUAAAAUAAGAGAAAUCUAAAUAAUCAAAUGUUAAAGAUGCACCUGAAGAGGAUUGCUUUCUGGCAAAGCGGUUAAUAAUGCAACAAGGAGGAAAACAAGCAACGAGCAAGGUGGAUUUUUAGUAAGUAAAUUAUAAUUCCUAUUUUAAGAUUUUUUUUUCUUCUUUCUUUUUGAGUGCAUUUUAUGGUCCUUGUGUUGUGCAAUAAUAACUGAUGGAUGCAAACUUGGGCCGGCAAAGAGAAAUCCAAAUCUAAAUGUUUUUCUGGAAAGGGAGCUGACCAUCGUAAACCCAAGAAAAGGCUGCAUCUGUUUGUUUGUUUUUUGUUUUUUUAAAUAUAUCAUGCACUGUGAAAGAAUAUAGUAUGUAAAGGCACUGUUAGUGCAUUAUUCUCACCAUGCAGUUGUACUGCUGUUAGUCAUCCUCCGUGUGUUUUCCAGGUGUGAACCUUUUUUUUUUUUUUUUUUUUUUUUACUUUGUAACCACUGUAUCAGCAGUACACAUACGGUUCUUUUUCAUCUUCCAUUUUGAGACCUGAUUGCACUUCUUCCUGCUGUGGGACAGAACCUUGGUACCAGAGAGAAGGUGUAUCUCCUCAUAAAAUUAUCCUGCACUUGUGUAGUGUUCACUGGUGCAGUGGCCUCUCCUUCCACUCAAAGAAUGUCUAUAAGAGACCAGUGUCACACUUUAUCUGUUAGAUUAAUUUUUUUCCGUUUUUUUAAACUUGUGCUUUAAUCUUCCAAAAAUGUUGAAAAACCUUUUUUGUACUGUUCUUUUCAACUAGGUGAUACUACAAUAGGGAUGUUAUUAAAGGUUUUUUUUCUUUAUUCUAUUUUAUUUACAUAAUUUAUUUCUUGUUUUCAUCUCCAGAAGUUUUAAUGAAUGAAUGAUGUAAAGUAGAGUUGUAAAAAGAGGCUUUUGUGACACCUCCUCCUAGCCCCCCGGUCAGAGUUUUGGCUCAGGUACUUUUUUCAAUAAAGAGAUCACCUCUAAAAAAAAAAAAAGAAGACACCUAUUACAUAUUUUGAAUUUAACUAUAUUUUCACCAAAAAAAAAGACUGUUAUGUUGUAAAAUUAUAACAUGUCUGGAGUUGUUGUAUAUAUGUCAUCGAACUGUUGGAUGAAAGACAUUAGCAGAUGCCGCGUUUAUAGCAGAGUGAUAAUAGGAGUGCUUUAUUUUAUUGAUCAUAAGUUUGCAUCUUUUGCUCGUUAGGACAUGUACAGUGGGGCAACAAACACCAUUGUUGGGUUGUUAGUUUUCCAGUGGGGGUGCAUGCACUUUUAAACCCUACUUUUUUCUUAUUAGCAUCGGACAUUGUGACAACUUUUAGUCUUUCCAUAGUUACAAAAGUUUUUAUGGGAUGGAUGUUCCAAACCUCAUGGAGUCUUUCAUGUGAAACUGUAACUAUUCCAUUCCUGUAGAGAUGUAGGUUACCAUCCAGUCUGAUAUACUUGAAUUUUCCAUCCUGGGUUGUUUGUGUUGCUUUUGCUCUUUUUUCCAGGGUCUAGUUGAGUUUUGUUUUUGUUUUGUUUUUUUAAACAACUUGAGCGAAUGUGAUGAUUCUCUUCUGAGGAGGAGCUCACCACAGCACACUGCUAUCUCAAAUCUAUAUUCGUAAAUACUAUUUAUCCACUUGUUUUCUUUUUGAAUGACUUUGUUUGAAUUUUAACUGUAGUCUGUUGUCACGGCUGUAAAAGUUGUCACACUAAACAGCAUUCACGUGGAAACAGAAAGCCUUUACCAAGUUGACAGUAGAACAGUCGUAACAAUAUUACGAGCAAGUGAAUAUGUUACAAGAAUUUGGUAGUGACAUUUAUUUAAUUUAAUUUAAUUGUUUGGUUUUUUUUUUUCUUUUCAAUGUGGUUUGAACUCUUAGCUUGCAGGUUGUUUUGAGUGAUCAACACUAAAGAUGGUGUGUUAUUUAUGUUUGAAAUUUUGUUCUGGGAUGUGCAAGCUCCAUGUAAAAGGUGCCUGUUCAUUUUCAUAAUCAAUAAUAAAGCAAAUAUUCACUUUUA